AUGGGACUUCGUGAAGGACAUAUUGUAUACGGUUGUGCGCUCGUAGCAUUUGGCUUAUGGCACUUAUUCAACAACAUAAAACUCUUUUGUCUAUGUCCAAACACAUUCACUUCAUCUCCAUGGUUUCCAACAUCAAAGACCAGGUACUUAGAGCUCUACUUAAUCAUGUCAUAUUCAUCAGUUUUCAUGUCACUGGAGCUCUUCUUCGGACUAAUAACACACCAGCCCCGCAACUUCGAACAUUCUUCCAUCGCCAUGUCCUUAUUGGCCUAUGCUGUUUUAGCACUAGUGCUUGACCGAGCACGGCCUAGAGCGGCAGCUUCGGAGGGACUAACCCUCCUAGCUUUAGCGGCUGCCUUCACUCAGGAGCUAAUCCUCUUCCAUUUUCACUCAGCCGACCACAUGGGCGUUGAGGGACAAUACCAUCUCAUCUUCCAGCUCAUUAUCUUUGUUUCUCUCCUCACCACUCUCAUGGGUAUUGCCUUGCCCAAGAGUUUUUUGGUGAGCCUGGUGAGAUCUUCAAGCAUAGCUUUGCAAGGAGCAUGGUUGAUACUGAUAGGUUUCAUGCUUUACACACCGAGUUUGGUUCCUAAGGGAUGUUAUUUUCAAGAUAGAGAAAUUAGACGUACAAUGGUUAAGUGUUCAACCGAAGAAGCUCUCCAUAGAGCUAAAUCGUUGGCAACCCUCGAAUUCAGUUGGUUAUUCGUUAUAAACACAAUAUUUGUUGUGACACUAUAUUUGAAUGUUGAUCGGGUUUGCGGUGGAAACGUAGAGUACUCUAGCUUAACCACCAAUAAUCAAAGCGAACAAAAUGAUGAAGGGCAACAACUUCGAAGUGCAGUUGACUCAGAAAAUGAGUUUUGUUCAAAUGGUGAUAAAAUGUGA